ACCGAAGUACCGAAGACGUCAAAAGCUGUAUAAUUAGCUGUCACGUCACCAAAUAAUUACCUAAAUGAUGGCGAUAGCCUCACGAUAGCGUUGAAUGGGUUGGGAACCUCUCGAAGACAAAGGGAUGCAAAUCCUUCUUCAAGCGGUCAGUGAGAAGAAACCUGACAUACUCCUGUCGAGGAAACAGGAACUGCCCCAUCGACCAGCAUCACAGGAACCAGUGCCAAUACUGCAGGCUCAGAAAAUGCCUCAAGAUGGGCAUGAGGCGAGAAGCUGUCCAGAGAGGCAGAGUGCCGCCGUCGCAGCCCUCAGGUCUCGCCCUGCCCGGCCAGUUCGCCCUCGCCAACGGCGACCCCGCCGGCGGCCUCAACAGCCACCCCUAUCUCUCCUCCUACAUCUCCCUGCUGCUGCGAGCGGAACCCUACCCAACGUCAAGAUACGGCCAAUGCGUUCAACCCACCAACGUUAUGGGAAUAGACAAUAUCUGCGAACUAGCUGCAAGAUUACUCUUCUCCGCCGUCGAAUGGGCGCGGAAUAUACCCUUCUUCCCGGACCUUCAAGUCACUGAUCAAGUGGCGUUACUCCGGCUCGUGUGGUCGGAACUCUUCGUCCUCAACGCGUCUCAGUGCUCCAUGCCCCUUCACGUGGCUCCUUUACUGGCGGCCGCGGGUCUCCACGCGUCACCCAUGGCGGCGGACCGUGUGGUCGCCUUCAUGGACCACAUCCGCAUCUUCCAAGAGCAAGUGGAGAAGCUGAAAGCGCUCCACGUCGACUCGGCGGAGUACUCCUGUCUGAAGGCCAUCGUCCUCUUCACGACAGAUGCCUGCGGCCUGUCAGACGUGUCCCACAUAGAGAGUUUACAAGAAAAGUCCCAGUGCGCCCUCGAAGAGUACUGCAGAAGUCAAUACCCCAACCAGCCCACAAGGUUCGGGAAACUGUUACUCCGGCUGCCCUCGCUCCGAACCGUCAGCUCCCAAGUCAUUGAGCAACUGUUCUUCGUGAGGCUCGUAGGGAAGACGCCCAUAGAAACGUUGAUCAGGGACAUGCUGCUGUCCGGGAGCUCGUUCUCCUGGCCCUACAUGGCGACCAUGUGACACACGAUGUGGAGACAGCUGGCGGCCGCCUGAUCCUCGCCGUACGGCUUUCCGCCGUACUUGCCCAGCCAGCGGUUCGAUCCGUUCCAACGAUUCCAGCGAGAAGUCCCUCAAGAAGACGCCGUCACCAGCUCCAGCGAGUUCCAAGAAGCAGCCACCGAAGAAUACUUCGGAUCCAGGAGCAGGGAUAGCGAGCGAACUGAAUGCCCAACCUUUGAUCCCAUAUCAGCUUUUUAUCCCCCGAAAACAACUGAGAGCCAGGAGUUUGAGACGACGCAAAGUGACACUCAGAAAAACGCUCAAAAGACUUCCAUGAUGAUCGACAACCUACUAAAUCUACGGCCCGAACCGUGCGACAUGAAAUGAACAUUUAGUGCUCUAAUAGUUCAAGUUUUUUUGUUCCUCUGUAAAAAUACUUAGGGUUAUAUUUAAUUGUACAUAAAAUGUUUUAUUGUAAUAUAGUUAUGAUAAGGUGCGAAAGGCAAAGAAGUUUUCUACGAUGUUUGUGAUAGGUCGGAGGAAUCCUUUUUAUUAGGUGUCCAUUGAAUGGUUCUUGUAUAUUAUGCGAGCGCCUUUAAAGAGUCAAUGGAAAGGGAAUAUUUAUAUUUUCUUCUCUAAAGCCAAUGAGGUUUUUAUAUCAAAUAAAUCGAUUUAUAUGAUAAAAGGCAAUAAGAUUACAUCGGUCGUGCAAUGUUGGUGUGUAUGUAGUAAUAGUGUAGAUAUUUAGUCAACGACAUAGUUUUUCGGAUAUUUUAUUUCACAGUGGUGCUCUUUGGUAUUUAUUAAUUCUGAAUAAAUAUGAGAUUUGUAUGGCACUACCAAAAUUACUUGGACUUCUCUCUUCUUACAGAAAUCAUUGGUUAUUUGAUUAAAGUUGUAUCAAUAAGAAUGUUAAAAAAUGAGAUUGAUUAAUUAAAAGUAAAACAGCACGGGAAAUUUAUAUUAAAGUAUUUUGGUAGAGCCUACAGCAAAACUUUGUUUGAAUAAGUUUUGGCGUUAUUUUCUAAACUGAAAUUACCUAUUUAUACUUGGUACACGUCUACUUAAACAAUUCCGUAAAAGCAUUUAUUGUAUCGUUCCUUAACUUUUUUAGAGUUUUACGUUUUAUAUUAUUCAAAAAGUAACUUUCAUAGAAAGAUUUUUUUAUUACAUAAACACUGCAGUUUAUUUUCUAUUUCUUAAAAGAUUUCUUAGUGAGAAAUAAGUUAUAUUUGAUUUAAAGGAUUUUUAACUAAGUAAAUAAAAUCAUAAGGGUGCAUUAACAACUUAUAUAUAAAAACAGAGUAAAUUACACAAGUGUAGUUGGCAUACAUUUUAAAUGCGUUUCUGAAUUAUAUACACUAUUCAGUACUAAGCUACAACAAGCCAACCUUAAAGAUUAACAUCACUUAGACUUAAGAGCACUUACGCUGUAAUAUUUUUACCCUUAUGAUUCAAUCAGUCAGCUCUGUUACAAGAUUUUGUAAUAUGCAUAUGCACAAUUAUUGAUUGUAAUUCUUAAUUUUCAACUGUUGUUUUUAACGAAACAUUAUUAAAAUUGUUUUAAUAUUUACUGUUGUUACGAGAUAAUGCUUCGUACUUUCUUAAUCUAAUGGGUCUUAUUUAGAAUUAUUGCUUUAUCAACAUAAUUAAUUUUAAUUGCAUUUGUUUAUAAAGCAUUUAUUAUUCCUUCAAAAAAUUCAAUGUCAAAUAGUGUUACUGAUUACUUGAUCGAGUAACUUGCAAUGUCCUACUUGCCUAAAGUAAACGAAGCUUAAAGCUGCUUAAUUUUUAUUUUAUAUCAUAUUAAAACAAUCCUUCUAAAUAAAACCCUAACUAAUGUCUAAAUGACAUGUCUCCUGCCAAAUUUGUAAUAUAGAUGAACCAUUUUUUAAAUGCGCUCCCCACCUACUCCGCCUACAAAUAACAUAACCUCUUAAAGUCACACUAAGUACACAAAUUUCCUAUUUUUAACAACAUAGCUUCCGAUACACGAAUUAUGACACUUCGCUCGAUACAAUUAAUUCCCAAAGUAACAUCUAACUCGGACUUUUAAUCCUACUUUACUCGAUUAUUUAUUAUGUGAUACUAUAAACAAAAAAAGAAGAAAAAACAGUCGUAACUUAAAUAGUAAUUUCAUAGCUUUCGAAUUUCGAUAUUGUAAGGUAACGUUUUUAAAAUAAAUAAAAAUCGUCAAAAUUCGAUCAAAAUUGACACUUGGCGCCAUUGUCUUUCCCGUUCUUUCUUGCGAAAUGUGACAGUGACAGCGGCAAACCGAUGGAACGGCCUUAACCAUGUCUAUUAGUCUAGGAGGAUAUAACCAAACGGAGCCACCACGUCUGUAAUUUGCUGUACAAAAAAGUCUGCCAAUUUUUGCGGGGGAGAGGAACGUCAAAUGUAAAUGUAACGUCAAAAUAGCCAUGUCAGAUAAACGUCAGUCCAUACAUUGUGUAUGACCAUUGGCCGACUAUUUUCGACAUAGGGGAAUGCCUGUUAAUGGCUACUCCGUUUGGUUAUAACCUAGUGUCUAGUAAUCUGGGAGGAAUUUUAAUUGUUUGAUAAAGCAAUAAAGCAAUGGACCGCUAAUUUAUUUGGUCUAUGAAAUGUUCUAAUUAGACUGAAACAGAGUGUAGGUACGAGUAGGUACAUUAUAUUGGACCUUAUGAAGUUAAACUAUGUAAUGUGAAGGCGGGAUUCCACUAAUAUGCUCGUGUCGAACAGUGCCGCACACUGGUGUAAUCCCGCCUUUACUAUAUAGAGUUAAGGCCGUUCCAUUCCAUCGGUUUGCCGCUGUCUUUGUCACAUUUCGCAAGAAAGAACGGGAAAGAACAUACGCGCCAAGUGUCAAUUUUGAUCGAAUUUUGUCGGUUUUUAUUUAUUUUAAAAACGUUACCUUACAAUAUCGAAAUUCUAAAGCUAUGAAAUUACUAUUUAUGUUACGAUUGUUUUUUCUUCUUUUUUUGUUUAUAGUAUCACAUAAUAAAUAACCGAGUAAAGUAGGAUUAUAAGUCCGAGUUAGAGGUUACUUUAGGAAUUAAUUGUAUCGAGCGAAGUGUCAUAAUUCGUAUAUCGGAAGCUAUGUUAUUAAAGAUAAUAUAGUCAAGAACUACAUAUAUUUUUUCCACGUCUACGAAUAUCAACGCCUCUUAGAAAAACAUGAUCAUAUAAGGACAUUUUUCGCCUUCUGGCUCAGGGAACCGCCUUAAACCAAAAGUCUGCAACGAUUUUGAUAGCAUCGCAGUGGAAGUGUUAUUUAUACGUCAUAAUUUCAUAGAACUUUGACAUUUAAAAUAACACUUGCACUGCGUGUGCUAUCAAAAUCGUUGCAGACUUAUCUUGGUCUAACUUUACUGUUGCUUUUUGUAUAAAUGUACCUUAUGCCGGUAAGGUUAUUUUGAAUGAGAGCAUAGGUAGUAUAGGGGCGCGCAUUUUAAAACUGGUCUAUCUCUAAAUGUAAAAAAGCAAUGUAGGUAUUUAUUCGCAAUAAUGUACAGUGAAGGUGUAACAUAGGUCGGUGUGUAUGAGACUGUAUGAAUUGUAUGAUGUCUGGAGUAAUGUUGAGGAAUAAAAAAAUGUCUCUCUGGAUUUC